AUGCUGACGCCUCCGACUGUUCUCCCCAAUAAGCUCUUCGGCCCCGCGCACUUCGCCGAGACCUCCUACUACUUCGAGGGGGGGCUGCGCAAGGUGCGCCCCUACUACUUCGACUUCCGCACCUACUGCAAGGGGCGCUGGGUGGGCCGCAGCCUCCUCCACGUCUUCAGCACCGAGUUCCGCGCUCAGCCCCUCGCCUACUACCGGGCCGCCGCCCGCGCCGGCCGCCUCCGCCUCAACGAGGAGCCGGUGCGGGACCUGGACAUCGUGCUGAAGAAUAACGAUUUUCUGAGGAACACGGUGCAUCGCCACGAGCCGCCGGUCACUGCCCAGCCCAUCCAGAUCCUGGUGGAGGACGAUGAGGUGGUGGUUGUGGACAAACCCUCCUCUUUGCCGGUACAUCCCUGCGGCAGGUUCCGUCACAACACGGUCAUCUUCAUCCUGGGCAAAGAGCAUGAUCUGAAGGAGCUGCACACCAUUCACCGCCUCGACCGCAUGACCUCGGGGGUCCUGAUGUUUGCCAAGACGGCAGAGGUGUCCAAGAGGAUCGAUGAGCAGGUUCGGGAGAGGCAGCUGGAGAAGGAGUAUGUCUGUCGUGUGGUGGGGGAGUUCCCCGAACACGAGGUGGUCUGUGAGGAGCCCAUCCUGGUGGUUUCUUACAAAGUGGGAGUGUGCCGCGUGGACCCCAAAGGGAAGUUCUGCAAAACCAUCUUCCAGAGACUCAGCUACAACGGCAAGACCAGCGUGGUGAAGUGUCUGCCACGUACCGGCCGCACGCACCAGAUCCGGGUCCAUCUGCAGUAUUUGGGGCACCCUAUAGUCAACGACCCCAUCUACAACAUGGAAGCCUGGGGCCCCCACAGGGGAAAAGGUGGCAAAAUCGAUAAAACGGACGAAGAACUCCUGAAGGCGCUGGUAGAGGAGCAUCGUUCCAAACAGAGCCUGGAUGUCUUGGGCAUUUCGGAGGAGGACUUGAGCUCCGGUGCUGAAAAUACAGACUGUGGUGAUUCAAGUGACUGCACAAAGUCUGCGCAGGCUGAUCCUGUAAGUGAGAGCUCCUGCCCCGCCGAGGACACUGAGGAUCCCAAGGGGGACACUGAGGAUCCCAAGGGGGACACCAAAGAUCCCGAGGGAAAUGACGUCGCAGCCCGUCUGCUGAACUCUGAUAGCAACCUGGAAACGCUUGAGAAACAUAAAGAACUGGGUUCGUGUGAGAAUCAGGAGGGACAAAUGGGAGAAAAGGGUUCAGAAGAGAAGGACCCUUUAUGCAUGGAGUGUAAGAUCACCCGGCGGGACCCGUCUCCCAAGGAGCUGGUGAUGUUCCUGCACGCCUUGCGCUACAAGGGGGCCCAGUUUGAGUAUUGCUCCAAGAUGCCCGAGUGGGCAAUGGAGGACUGGGAGGAAUGAGCAAGUUGCUUCCGAUGCCCACCGACAUCGCUGGCCAGGAAAACCUCAUGUGAAGACUUAAAGUUCACUUCUUAGUGUGGUUGAGGUGGACAAGCUGCCCAUGAGCUGGAGAUGGGGUGGGAAGGGCUGUCUGGGGCCGGAGAACUGUCCUGGCUGCCCACGGGCACUGGGGAAGAGCAGCGGGAAGACGGGGCUACGAUGCUCCAAUUAGCUCUUCAGGGCAGCAAACAUCACUGUGCAUGGGCAGCUUUGCCUCUCACCUCAGCCUGCGCUGGGUCUGCUCUCAAUUAUCCACUCAGAUAAUUAAGUACGUGCUCUUAAAAGUCAGCAAGUGAUUUUUCCUCUGGCACACUAGGGGAUGUUCCUGUGUCUUACCCUCAGAGCUGGGGGAGCGGUGAUGGGCCGGUGGGCUGGGUGUCACGGUGAUUCUUACUGUAUUUUAUGGUCAGGCUGAUUUUAAAACCCAGACGUUAUCACCGAGAGAUGUUAUGCCGUAAGGUAAAAUCCGAGCACUGUGGAGCCCGUCUAUUUGGUGUUUAUCAUUUUUCAACAAGAUAGACUUCAAAAUUGCUCUUUCACCAUUGGUUCCAAUAAUGACUUAAAGUUAGUGACUCUAGGGAGGGAUCUCUUUAUGUUGAGCCUAUUUUUGGAGGUGCUCAUCCCUGGGUUUUGUCUUUAUGAGGUUUGUAAGGAGGCUGAUUUAGUAGAUUUUUUUGCCUUUCUGUUCUGCCCUCUCCCCCGUGAUGUUUCUGCUGCCUCCUCACAAACAUCUUCUGAGAUCUCCAUCUCUGUCCCUUAUGCCUCAUGGAGAACAUCCUCAGACUUGAGCAGAAACCCAAAGCAGAGAUCCGUCUGCUGACUUCAUUCUUUUCUAAAUUAUUAUUUUUAAACCAUACUGUAGGUGGGUUGAUUCUGAUUGGUGUGGAAUUGUUUUUAAUAUCACUUCAAUGUGACAAUCAGCUUAAAGAAAAACAAAAGCUGAUUUAUGAACCAGAUGACAUAUUUUUUUUUAAAUACAUUUUAUAUUAAUACAUUUCCAGGUUCUUACUUUCA